AUGACCGAGGUCCUCAGUUCCCACAGCCACGCAACCGCCUCGUCGGCGUCGUUGGGCUUAGCGACGCAUCCGUGGGAGCAUAUGGACGGCGGCGCGCUGAGUAAAGCCGGAGCCAUGGAGGCGAUCGCGGAGAGCGGGGUGUUCGAGGCGGGCGACGAGGACGAGGAGAGCCGCCUACUCUGGCAAAUCAUGAUGAUUGAAGAAGCGGCGCGAGAGGCGGCCGCGCGUCAGCGUGCAGAGGCGGCAAAUACAGCAGAGGCCCCAACGGAAGCGAAAGAAAGCACGGAAUCGACGGAAACGCCAGAAUCGACGGAAACGCCAGAAUCGACGGAAACGCCAGAAUCGACGGAAACACCUGAAUCGGCGGAGGCGAGCCCGGAGGAGGAAAGCGCAAAGAAGAGCACAUCGGCGGGGAGCGCGGUGGCGGAGAGCGGGGAGGCGGAGAGCGCGGUGGCGGAGUGCGCGGCGGCGGAGAGCGCGGUGGCGGAGAGCGCGGUGGCGGAGAGCGCGACGGCGCAGAGCGGGGAGGAGGAGAGCGGGGAGACGGAGAUUGCGGCAGUCGCUACCCCUACCACCGCCGCCAUUGCUAACGACACGGACCCCACUGCACUAAGCGCUGAAACCGCUGAAAUCGCUGAAACCGUUGCCACCGAUGUAACCGCUGGGAACUCUCCAAUCAGCAGCACCAGUGGCGGGGGCGGCGGCGGCAUCCGCAAGAGCACCAGCGCGGGCGGGCUUUUCUCCCUCGGUUCCGCAACCGGCAGCACUCCUAGCGACACGCCCAACAGCACCAGCGCCGCUGCUGCUCCGCACAAAGAUGCAGCGCGCGCGUCGAACAGCGGCGGAGGCGGAACCAUAAGCAAACGCACAAGCACCGGCGCCCUUUCUUCCCUCAUUUCCGCGCGCUCCUUCCGCAUCCGCGGAAAAUCCUCAGGCGGAGGGUUGCCCUUCCUCCCCGCCCUCACUGUCCCUGACUCCCCCUCCGCCUCCGACGACCACGGCCCGCUGUCCUGCUCCGCCCUCCCCUCCGCCGCCCCAACUACCCCCAGCGGGAGCGUCGCCCCCCCGCUCACGCCCUCCCGUCGCUUUUCAAAAUGGUUCUCGUUUAAAACGGAUAAGUCGCGAGCUUCUAGCGGGGAGAACAAUGCGGUUGCUGCCAAGUCUGCCGCGCAGUUUUUGUCUGGGAAGCCUGGGAUUGGCGGACUUUCCUCCGCUGCUGUGUCUGACUCAAAUGACAUUGUAUCCCUAAGUGUGGCCGAACCUAUUGCGGAGUGCGAGAGCGAGGAGGGACGGGGAAGCGCGGAAGAAACGGGCAAGUCCAAAGACACAUCCUCGUUUGGGUUGGUCUCGCCAAAGAAGCGCAUGGUGCCAUUUCGUAAAAUGGCAACAUUCAACUCACGGUACUUCUCUCUCUUUGGGCUGCUCUGCAUCGCGCUGUGCUUCGCGAGCGCGCACGCUCAGGCGGCGACGCCCACCAAGGCGCAAAUAAAAGCGGAGCUUCAGAACAUGGCGAACGCUAUUACUAAGAAGUUUCCACAAUACUCGAAAUAUGCCAAGGACAUCAACAAGUACAUCGGCCUUGCACUGAACUCCAAGUACGAUUUCACAGCGCUCAGCGACGCAACUCUGCUCCUCCCCAGCGACACGGAGGCGGAGGCCCUCGCUAAGAAGGUCCCCGUUAACAAAGCCAACAUCCCCAGAAUCUACAACAUUACGGCGUACCACAUUAUCCGCAAGAAGUACACCGUUCCCGCGCUCAAGGUGCUCAAGAAGUCGCAGCCGCUCGGCACGCAGCUGAAGCAGGCGAUUUACAAGGUUUCGCAGCAGAAUGGUAACACGGUUUCUUUCGCCAAGACGCCCAACGCCCCCCCUGCCGCCUGGACUACGAUCCAGAUCGUCAGGCUGUACGCUGGACCGUACUUCAUCGCUCACGGCGUGGAUAAAGUCCUGAUUCCCACGAACACAAAGGUGUAA